UACCAAGGUGGUGGCUGCAGUUCCACCUCUGGUCUGACUGCCAUGUAUCAUGGGCGAACUACUGGUAAAGGGCCUUCCACUCCCACGCAGAUUUACCAGCAACCUCCGAGGCUUCUCAUUGUGCAUAUCUCUCUACCAUCCUGGGCUGACAUCUGCUCCAACCUCUGUGAGGCUAUGCAGAACUUUUUCUCUCUAGCCUGCAGCUUGAUGGGCCCCAGCCGCAUGUCCCUUUUCAGCUUAUACAUGGUGCAAAAUCAACAUGAGUGCAUCCUCCCAUUUGUGCAAGUGAAAGGGAACUUUGCCAGGCUGCAGACCUGCAUCUCAGAGAUCCGCACACUACAGAGAGAAGGUUGUUUCAGACCACAAGGUACUUCUCUGCAGCUGGCAGUAGAAGAUGGGCUCCAACAGUUCAAACAGUACUGCAGACAUGUGACCACACGCUCAGCUCUGACCUAUACUUCCCUGGAGAUUACUAUUCUGACUUCCCAGCCUGGAAAAGAGGUGGUCAAACAACUGGAGAAAGGAUUGAAAGACACAGACCUAGUCAGGGUCAGGAGGCUUCAGGUGGUUGAGAUCACGAAGGAAGCCCUAGAAUGUACAGACUCGGCAUCCCCUAUUGAAGAGCCCAGCGAUGAUGAAAGCUCUUUCCUGGGAACUGACAUUGACCUUCAGACUAUAGACAAUGAUGUUGUCAGCAUGGAGAUUUUCUUCAAAGCCUGGCUACAUAACAGUGGAACAGACCAAGAACAUAUUCAUCUUCUUCUUCCUUCACAGUCUUUCAGCAACAUUUCCAGAGCCAGAGAUAAGCCAAUGUGCCUGAAAUGUGAUCUCCAAGAGCGGCUUCUCAGCCCGUCCCUACUGCCUGGCACAGCUGAUGGCUCCCUGAAAAUGGAUGACCCCAAAGGAGACUUCAGCACACUCUACCAGAUGGCUUCCCAGUCAUCGGCCUCUUAUUACAAGCUCCGGGUGAUCAAGGCUUUAAAAUCCAGUGGGAUGUGCGAGUCAGUGACGUAUGGUCUCCCAUUCAUCCUCAGACCCACAAGCUGUUGGCAGCUGGACUGGGAUGAGCUGGAGACAAAUCAGCAGCAUUUCCAUGCUUUGUGUCACAGCCUGCUGAAAAGAGAAUGGCUGCUGUUGGCCAAAGGGGAACCCCCGAGCCGAGGCCACAGCCUGAGAGAGGCUGCCACCACCUUCUACGUGAUCAUGCCAUCACGCUCCCCCACUCUGCUGGUAAAGGCAGUGGCCACGCGGGAACUGAUGCUGCCCAGCCCCUUCCCCCUGCUGCCUGAGAACCCGCCUGAUGACAGCCUUAAGAUUGUGGAGAGCUUGCUGGACGGCCUGGAGCUAGAGCCCACCUACAACCCCUUGCAGGUUUGGAGUCACCUGUACUCACACCUGAGCAGCACCUUUGCCAAGCCCCAGAGCCGACUCCACCCAAGCUGGGAGAGCCGGGCCCUGAGAAAGCAUCCCUGCAAGGCUGGGCAGCUGCAGACAAAUCGAGUUCGAGCCACAGUGGCCCCUCUACCUAUGACUUCAGCCCCUGGCAGAGCCCCCAAGAUACCAGCGGCCAGCAAAGCCUCCACAGAAGCCUUCUUGCAGCUUUCUGAGGAGGAGGAAACGGAGGGGGAGGAGGAGGAUCCCUCAGGGCCUUAAGCACAGACCUUGGCUG